GCGACCAAUACGAUUCGUGGAUGUGAGCGCGGAUAAAAGCCUGUUGUGUUGAUUAGAGCAGUGCUAACUGUGUGUUUACACUGGAACGUCGUGUUUUAAGACGUUUACAUUAAAACCGGAAUGAGUCUUCCUUUAAGAGCUGAACUUGCAUUGGACAAAACCAAGCGCAAGAAGAGGAGGGAGCUCACAGAAGAUCAGAAGCAUGAAAUUAAAGAAGCGUUUGAUUUAUUCGACACUGACAAAGAUAAAGAGAUAGACUACCACGAGCUGAAGGUGGCGAUGCGCGCACUCGGGUUCGAAGUGAAGAAAGUGGACGUUCUGAAGAUUCUGAAGGACUACGACAGGGAGGGCAACGGGAAAAUUACAUUUGAGGACUUCAGUGAAGUGGUGACGGAUCGCAUCCUGGAGAGGGACCCGAAGGAGGAGAUCAUGAAGGCUUUCAAGCUCUUUGACGACGACGAGUCGGGGAAGAUCAGCCUGAGGAACCUGAGACGAGUCGCCCGGGAACUGGGUGAAAACAUCAGCGACGAGGAGCUGCGCAGCAUGAUCGACGAGUUCGACACAGACGGAGACGGAGAGAUCAACCAGGAGGAGUUCCUCUCCAUUAUGACCGGAGACUCCUGAGGAUUCCUGACUCUGGGGCUGGAUACUUCAUGCAGACUGUGAGAAGCUGAGGGACUUUCCAUCGAGGCUCUGAAGUGGACUGGACUUGUUUCAUCUACCUCCAGCCUUUUUUUUAUUUAUUUCAUGGCAGCAGUGGACUGUGUGAAAGAGUGAAGAUCAGUCACAUCACUUCAUGGAUGUCGCUGGCCUCUAAUGUGGAGCGAUCUUUGUUUUUGUCCACAUUAAAAGGCUGUCUUUAUUACUCAUUUAUUCUAGUCACACUUAGGGAAAUAUAAACGAUGUAAAGUGGAAACUAUUUAAACCCCUGUGAGCCAACACGGGGAGAAGUCUUCAGAUCAUUUUUGAAAAACUGCUGUACUUCAUAUUUUACAAAGGUAAAGGUUGUAUUUGUCAGUAACAUGUCAGUGUUUGGAUGUGCUAUUUAUUUUGUUACACAAUAAAUAGUUUUGCCAGCUGACCUCA